AUGGCUACCACGAAGCAGCCUGCGCAGAGAAAGGGCUUUCAUGUCAACGAUCCCUCUCAGGAACACUCUACCGACGUCAUUCUACGCAUCCUGAAAGCUGCUACACUCCAGACGCUCGCCCUACUCCUCUUUGACCGGUAUGACCAGCCGCCGCUUACCGACGCCAUCCGCCUUCCAAACCUUGAAGAGCUCGCCGUGCACAGUUCGAGCUUGUACUCCCAUCUCACUCAGCCGCAGCUCCCAGAAUGCUUAUCUCUGCGGCGCCUCCACGUGAUCCAGGACUUCACCUGGCCCACACCGUCGACUGAGGCAGUCUCGCGCCUCUCUCCGCUCCUCACACAUCUCAGAUUGUCUCGGAUCAGAGUCUCGAGAAAAAACACACUCAGAGACAUCGUACAGGGUCUUGAGCGGAUGCUUCAGCAGGAUGACCUCGCAUCUACCGGAUUCCCGCCCACUCUCAAGCGGGUACUGGUGCAGAUGCAGCACCCAUUUCUGUACUACUCUACGACGGUUGCGAACGAGCUGUUGGUGUUGUCAUUCGGACAGCAGUUGAACAACAUUAUGAUGCGCGACGUUCGCCGAAGGAUCGUGGUCCUCAAGCCUGCCACAUUGGAACCUAUCGAGCCGUCGACAACACAUAACGAGUCUAACGUAGUAUUCUACAUGGGCAUCAGGGCAGCGUGGGAGCGGCGCGGGGCGGACUUGGAAGCGGCAGUGUGGGAUAUCGACCCGUCUUCCAUCCUACAUAGGUGCAUGGGAAUGAUGCGCGCGCUCUACCUGAUAUUGCGAUUAGCCUUCCUAAUCGUCCAUGUCAUUGCAGAUCCUGACAUCAGACUGUAUUUCUAA